GGGAGGUGACUCUAAUCGACGAUUGGAACCGAAAAUGCAGACAUGGCAGUUGAUGAUCGUUGGUCUGUUGAUACACACAGUGUUCUUUUACUCAAUCUUUGACAUUUACUUCACAUCGCCAAUUGUACAUGGUAUGACGCCGCAGUCCUCCCUAUCAGUGCCUCCUGCGAGACGUCUUGUACUCUUCUCUGCAGAUGGUUUGAGGGCCGACAAAAUGUUUGAGCUGGAUAAAAACGGUCAGACAAGAAUACCAUUCUUAAGGAGUGUUAUUGAACAGACUGGAGCAUGGGGUGUGUCCCACACUCGUGUUCCUACAGAAUCGAGACCAGGUCAUGUAGCACUUAUUGCUGGAUUCUAUGAAGAUGUCAGUGCAGUGGCUAAAGGCUGGAAGGAGAACCCUGUGGAAUUUGACUCCGUAUUUAACGAGACUACAAACACCUGGUCGUGGGGAAGUCCUGAUAUACUGCCUAUGUUUGCUAAAGGUGCUAGUGGAGACCAUGUGUUCACAAAAUGUUACCCUGCAGAGUUUGAAGAUUUCAGCGGAUCAGAUCAUUCGAGGCUUGAUACCUGGGUCUUUAAUGAGGUCAAGCAAUUCUUUGAAGACAGUCAUUCAGAUGCUGAAUUGAAGAAGAAAUUAGAGCAGGAUAAGAUUGUGUUCUUCCUUCAUCUUCUCGGCAUAGAUACCUGUGGUCACUCCAGUAAACCAUACUCCAGUGAGUAUCUGGACAAUAUUCGUCUUGUUGAUGCUGGUAUAAAAGAAGUGGUUGAACUGGUAGAAAGGUACUAUAACAAUGAUGGCCAAACAGCUUACAUUAUGUCAUCAGAUCAUGGAAUGACUGAUUGGGGUUCACAUGGAGCAGGUCACCCCAGUGAGACCUUGACCCCACUUGUUGCCUGGGGAGCUGGUGUCAGAAAGGCUGUCAUAGACAACUCCUCAAACAAUUUUAAGGACAAGUUUUCACAAGAAUGGAAACUGGACCAUUUGAAGAGAACAGAUGUUGAGCAGGCUGAUAUAGCUCCGUUAAUGGCUGCACUGAUUGGAGUUAACUACCCAAUGAAUUCUGUGGGAAUAUUGCCCUAUGACUACCUUGACAUGCCAGACAGUGACCUGGCAGAUGUGAUUUAUGCUAACACUAGGCAGCUGUUGGAACAGUACCAGGUGAAAAUGGAACUGAAAAAGUCAACAACACUCGCAGUGGCAUUCAGACCUUUUAGCGACUUGACCACCGCUAAAUUGGCCGAGAUACAUAGACAUAUAAGACAGCUGAUACAGAAUGGUCACUAUAGAGAGGCUAUCAAUGAAUGUGAGAGAGUUAUGCAAAUUGCUUUGAAGGGCAUGAGCUAUUAUCAGACCUAUGACCGGUUCUUUCUUGGUGCCAGUAUAUUUAGUGGUUUUCUUGGUUGGAUGGUUUAUGUUCUGACAUUGGUAUUUGAGAAACACAGUGGUGUGGUUAGACCGCAACUGAAGUUGGAGAGAUUGGGGAAAUCAUUCUGGAGGUCGGACCAAACUAUACACACUGCAUUUGGCUGUCUAGGAUUGGUUAUCACAAUAUUAUUGUUUGUGCAAUCACUGCCAUGGACCAACUACCUGUACUGCCUGAUACCUGUUGUAUUAUGGAUGAUUGUUGCUCUGAGGUUAGAUAUUUUGAUACAGGUGUAUGAAUACAUAGUUGUGAUGAAGAACAAAAAGGACUUUAUUGUUGUAGUAUUGGCUGCUUUGAUUGGCCUGGAAAUAUUGGUGGUUGGCUUUUUCUACAGGCAGAUGCUAUCAAUUGGUCUAGCAGUCAUUGCAGUAUUGCCUUGGAUAUCCAGAAAUUUAUACAUUUCUAAAAAACAGCUGUUUCUAUGGUCACUGUCAUGUUUGAUGUUAGCAGUAUUCCCGCUACUGCCAGUUGUCACAGGAAAGAGACAUAUUCUAUACGUACAAGUGGGAGGAGCUUCAGUCUUGCUGGCAUCUCUGUAUUACUAUUUUAUUGGGUCAAGGAAUUUUAAAAAUCAGUCUGCAACAGACAAGAUUCUAUAUUGUUUUCAAAUUUGUUGUGUUGUCGUAGCAACAUAUUUCUCAGGUUUUAUCGUCUCUACGGGAAUGACAGAAUUUCAGCAUGCAGUAAGCUGGUUCAUUUCAGGUUGUUGCCUGGUACAGCCAUUGUUCAGCUCUACACAGCUCUCUACACGUCUUCACGCAAUUUACCUGGCAUUUGCUGCACCUUUCAUACUUCUCAGUGUUUCAUAUGAGAUUUUGUUUUUUCUGGCAUUGAGUGUUAUACUGUACCGCUGGUUACAGAUGGAAUGCUCUCAGUUGCCUAGGUCCUCAAAUACUCCUAGGAUCACUGCUGGUGGCACUUGGUUGGAAGUAUUUGACUUCUGCAAGCAGAAUCCAUUUUCAGCACUGACAUCCCGUCAGUACCUCGUUAUUGGUGAUAUACAGACAGCAUUUUAUUUUGUGUUUAUCAUACUGACAGGUUUCUUUGGAACAGGGAAUAUUGCAAGCAUCAACAGUUUUGACCCAGCCUCAGUAUUAUGUUUUGUGUCUGUUUUUUCACCAUUUGUGAUGGGAGCUCUACUACUAUUCAAAGUUGUAGUACCAUUUGUGUUGGUAACAUGCACACUACAAGCCAUCCAUACAAUAACUCGUGUACCUAUCCAGGGCCUCCUCAUGAUCAUUUUGCUCAUGUCAGAUUGUAUGGCUGUUCAUUUUUUCUUCCUGGUACGAGACUAUGGGAGUUGGUUGGAUAUAGGGACAAGCAUCAGUCAUUAUAUCAUUGUGAUGUGUAUGAUAAUAUUUACCAUGCUGCUGUACGGAGUAUCUCACCUACUAACAUGCUUCAGUCUAACUAGGUCACGAUCUAACAAGGCGGAAUAACAUGUUAGCAUACAGAUUCUCCUGCAUUAGAAGGCUAAGACUCGUUGUAUCAUAACCAGCUAGAUGGAAUAUCUUGCUGACAAUGCCUAAAUGAAGCAUGAACUAUGGUUUUUAUGAACUAUGGUCUCCAUUUCUUUUCUAGUCUAUCACACUAAUAAUUAGAGUUAUAGCUUUGAAACUUUGGGCACUUGUUCAACACAGCCACAGGCAAAAAUUUUCCUAUGGAGAGAAUUUCUUUAAACUUUGUGAACUGACUGAGAGACGUGUUUAAAAUGGAAAUAUAUAUUAAAAAUCAUAGGUACUCAGGCUUGAUUUUGAAUUAUCUGCCCUUGAAAAUCAGAAAAUACUAACACAUCCAAUUUUCAAGGGCAGAUAAUUCAAGACCAGGGCAAGGAAACUGUGCAUCUUAAUUUAUAUUUCGCUUUCAGACUUCAUCUGCAGUCAGUAUACAAGGUUUAAAGAAAUUUGGCCCAUGGGAAAGACCAGGACUUUGCUGUAUUAUUUUGUCAUGUUCAUAGUUCAGGAAAUUUGCCACAGUGUCUAUAUUGACAUGGGGCAAAAUUUUCUUACAGACAGAAUUUCUUCUUUAAACUGUGACAGAGAAUUAAAUCAAAAACAGAAAUAUGAAAUAAAACAAAUCAUAUUUACCCAGCCUUGGUCAUGAAUUAUCUGCCCUUGAAAGUAGAAAUAUAUUUUCAAGGGCAGAUAGUUCAAUAUCAAGCCUGGGUAACUGAUUUUAAUACAUAUUUCUGUUUUAAACUUGAUUCUCAGUCAGUACACAAAGAUUAAAGAAAUUCUGUCCAUAGGAAAAUUUUUGCCGUAUAUACAUAUAAGAAACUGUGGUAUUCAUCUUAAAGUCUCUCUUGAAUUUUGUUUCCAGCAUGAUUCACGAAUUUGCCAGAAGUCCCAGUAAGGUUUAUAUCCAUAUAAACAAAAAAAAAACAUUCAAUCCGCAAAUAUUCAAUGCUGGAUUUGGUAAAGGAUGUAAUGAUUGAUACUGAUAUUUAAUUCUGGUUACCUUGUCAGUACAAUAUAAAACCUGUAGAAACCCUUCUGAGAUUAAAUGAAGAAAAAGUUUUUUCUUUCUUAGUAGGUAAUUUCCAUUUAUAGGUUUAAAAGUGGAAGUAAAAAAAACUAGUCUGGUUACAGUUCCUGUUUUAGAUGGUGUUUAUUACAGGUUGACUAUAUAUUAUGAAUGAUCUAUAGACCAGUAUUUUUACAAUGUUGAAUUUGUGAACAGAAUUAUUUCUCAUGUCUUUGUUAAUUGUCUGAUUGUUAUCUUGAAUUUAACGGACUAUUUUAAAGGCACUGGCCUCCAGAUCGUACGACAUAAACAAGAGGACCAUGAUGGUCCUGAAUCGCUCACCUAUCCCCACAUGACCUAGUGUUGAACUGAGUACGACGUCGUUAUUUCUAUUAUUUGACAUAGUGACCUAGUUUUUGAGCACAUGUGACAUAGAUAUCAUCAAGAUAAAAAAUUCUGACCAAUUUUCAUGAAGAUCCAUUGAAAAAUAUGACCUCUAGAGAGGUCACAAGGUUUUUCUAUUAUUUGACCUAAUGACCUAGUUUUUGAAGGCACUUGACCCACUUCUGAAUCUGACCUAGAUAUCAUCAAGGUGAACAUUCUCACCAAUUUUCAUGAAGAUCUCAUGAAAAAUAUGGCCUCUAGAGAGGUCACAAGGUUUUUCUAUUUUUCGACCUACUGACCUAGUUUUUGACCGCACGUGACCCAGUUUCGAACUUGACCUAGAUAUCAUCAAGAGGAACUUGACCUAGAUAUCAUCAAGGUGAACAUUCUGACCAAUUUUCAUGAAGAUCCAUUGAGAAAUAUGGCCUCUAGAGAGGUCACAAGGUUUUUCUAUUUUUAGACCUACUGACCUAGUUUUUGACCCCACGUGACCCAGUUUCGAACUUGGCCUAGAUAUCAUCAAGGUGAACAUUCUGACCAAUUGUCAUGAAGAUCUCAUGAAAAAUAUGGCCUCUAGAGAGGUCACAAGGUUUUUCUAUUUUUAGACCUACUGACCUAGUUUUUGACGGCACGUGACCCAGUUUCAAACUUGACCUAAAUAUCAUCAAGAUGAACAUUCUGACCAACUUUUAUAAAGAUCCCAUGAAAAAUGUGACCUCUAGAGUGGUCACAAGCAAAAGUUUACGAACGCACGCACGCACGGACGGACGACGGAUGCCACGCUAUCACAAAAGCUCACCUUGUCACUUUGUGACAGGUGAGCUAAAAAAAAGAGAGAAAAUAUUUAGGUAUCAGGAAAUUUAUGCUAUAAAGCUUUGAAACUUAAUUACUGACAGACUAUUUGUAAUGGAAACACAUGAGAGUUAGUUGUUUUUACUAAUUUUUACAUUGAAAAUUGAAAAGCAUUUGUACCACUUUACUCGAUAUAAACUGCCUUAGUUAUAAAUAUCUCUAUUUAACAAUCGUUAAAUACAUGGUGUAUUGGUCAAGACCAUAGGAAUGUGUAUAUUGCUGCUUCUGCACGGGUUCAAUUCCUGACACUGACCUCUUUCUUUUCUUUUUUUUUGUUGAUUCGGCAUUUUUAAGAAACAAAAACUCAUAUUCUAAUGUUCAUAAUAUGACCAAACGUUAAAGAAAGAUUCAUUUUUAGCCAAAAUCUGGAUGUCAGUGCCUUUAAGAUUUGCCAUUUUUUUAAUAUUCUCAUGUUAUGUUGGAAUCUUCCAUAUUCAGAAUCUCUCCUAGAUAAGUAGUAAUAUUUGUUGUUUUAAGCUCGACUAUUCGAAGAAUAAGGGAGCUAUCCUACUCGCCCCGGCGUCUGGCGUGAGCGUUAGCGUGAGUGUCACACAAAUGUUAAAGUUUGCGUACCACCCCAAAUAUUUUCAAUGUCCAUUGAGAUAUUGCCAGUCUGUAAAAAGGAGGAGGCAACUCUGUCAAGCAUUUUGACUGAAUUAUGGCCCCUUUUCGACUUAGAAUAUGCUUAUUGUAAUGUUAAAGUUUGCGUACCACCCCAAAUAUUUUCAAAGUCCAUUGAGAUAUUGCUUUGAUAUUUUGCAUACUUGUUUACCAUCAUGACCCCAGUCUUUAAAAAGGAGGAAGCAACUCUACCAAGCAUUUUGACUGAAAUAUGGCCCCUUUUCGACUUAGAAUAUGCUUGUUGUAAUAUUAAAGUUUUACUCAUAGCUUAUAUUAUACUAUCAAGCACUGAGAAUAGCCGAGCGCGCUGUCAUCUGACAGCUCUUAUUUCUUGUUUCAGUCAUUUUUUUUUAAUACAUAGUCUCAUAAUUCUUUAUUUUUUUCAAUAGAUUUUUUUAAUCAGUAGUGCUUUUUGUUCUAGAUAUUUCUUUGUAAUAGUUUUCUCAAUUCAGUAAAAAAAAUAUGUGUUUGUGAUUGACAGAGAGAAAAAAAAGUUAAAAAUGCAGUAGUUUUCAAGAAACCAAGUGUUCUUUUUCUUCAGCUUUUAAAAAUUUAUAAUUAUUAUAUAAAAAUGAAUAUAUGUAGAGGUGUACAAUAUUUAUACAACACAAAUGGCUGUUACAAACAAAAAAGUAGUUCUGGAAUAUUAUUCUUACAUUAAAGGGACUAACCCACAUAUUUAAGGUGAAAAAUAAUUCCAAAAAUCCAUAAAAAGUGAGUACUCUGAAAGUGACUAGUGGUACAAACUUAUUGACAUAAGACUUUUGCAAGAUAUACUUAAUAACCAAAAAUAUUAUGCAGAAGGUAGUAAACCAUUGCAACGCUUUUAAAAUAAUGCACACAAUUUGCAUUUUUACCAAUAUCUUUUAUCUUCACCCACUUUAUAAUUUUUCAGUGCCAUAUAUACAUUCUAUGUUAAACCUGGUGAAAAUAAACAUGUUGAAAAAUUUUUAUCCAAACUGUGUGAUUGUAAUAGAUCAAUUGUGUCUGAUUGUACAGUCAAACCUGUAUUAAGCAAAAAGCCAAGUGAUGCAACACUGGCUACUUAAGGCAAGUGGCUGCUUAAUACAGGUGAUCAAUAAGGCAGGGUCUGCUGUAUUUAUACAUGUUGUUUACUUUCCUUGAAGAAAAAUACUCCAGACAGAUGGAAGUAGUCCGAGGUUGAAAACCCGGACUUUUCCAAAGUUAAAAAGUAUUUUCAAGAAAAGAAAGCUUACAGAAGCUGUGAUUCCAGCAGGUAUACAAAUUUUGAUUCCAUACCUCAUGUUUUUAUUUCGUAUAAAUGAGAUGUGGAACCAACAUUUGUAGUCCUGUUUGGCACCAUAUAACGUACUGUGUUGGUGCGCCAUAAAACCCAAAUAAAUAAAUAAAUAAAUACAGAAGCUAAAUAAGAGCUUUAUUUGGUGUAUGUUUUUACUUGUUUAUUUACUGAUAUUGAGAGGCAGAAUGUUAUGAUGUAAUGUGAAUACUCUUAUUAUUGUGUUUCAAGCAAAAUCUCUCAGUUUUGAUGGUUUCUUACAUCUAGGAUUUAGCUGUGUCCGAGGACAUAAUGGAAGAUUUUCAAGAAAACCUCGGAAGACUUGCAGCUUUGCUGUCCAAGACAUCAUCCUACCCAAAGACUAUUAAAAGAUAUUAUUUGGCCCAAAUUUCACAAAACAUUUUUUUGGGUCUCGGCAGAGUUUGAGAUCGGGAUGUUUCUAGCAAAUUUUACUAGAACUUUCAAAUUAAUUCCAAAUCAGACUAACAGUUAAUUCUGAAUAGACACUUGAAAGAAGUCAUUAACAUAACAUUCAAUUUACUAAUAUAAAUGACAAAUAAUGUUAUCAAACUCAGCUGAGACUGAAAUUGUUUUGUAAACAUUGGGCCUGAAUUUAAUCAAAUCCUCAUUCAUGCACUGCCACUGUAUUUGAAAACAGUAUAUACCAUGAUUUGAUAAUCAUUUGAUAGUAUGUAUCAUAAUUGUUCAAAACAGCCAGUUAUAAUUUUCUCAAUAAAUAUCUAAUAGUACAU